CAUGCGCGAGCGGCACUCUGGCGCCGCGAGCUCUAUGGUCGGCCGUUAGCGCAGCGUUUCCGCCCGGCGCGGGGGUUUGUGGGGGAUCGUCGCGCGCCUCUUCUCCGCGGCAGUGCUGAGGAGCGGGAGCUGUGAUGUCUCACACAAUUCUACUUGUCCAGCCUACCAAGAGGCCAGAAGGCAGAACAUACGCUGAUUAUGAAUCGGUGAAUGAGUGCAUGGAAGGAGUCUGUAAAAUGUAUGAAGAGCAUCUGAAGAGAAUGAAUCCCAACAGUCCAUCCAUUACAUAUGAUAUCAGCCAAUUGUUUGACUUCAUCGAUGACUUGGCAGACCUCAGCUGUCUUGUUUACCGUGCUGAUACUCAGACGUACCAACCGUACAAUAAAGACUGGAUAAAGGAGAAGAUCUAUGUCCUCCUCCGCAGGCAGGCCCAGCAAGCAAGCAAAUAAUGGAGACACCAUCAUCACAUGGGUUUGGGGGAGGGCUUGGACAACAGGUGUGUACAGAGUGUAGUAGUGAACGUUUUGUAUUAUAGUCAUCCUGUUGCCAUCUUGUUAAACUCUUUAGUCAGGCCUGAAUGUAUUGUUAGCGGUGGAAGGAUUUUGUUGGAUUUGACUUUUUUUCAGUGUAAAUGGAGAAGAAAGCGAAACAUCUUCAGCAGAGUUUUAAUUUGGUUUUUUUCUUCUGGUUAGCUGAUGGUCCUACCUUAUUUGAACCCCGGGGGCUGUUCACAUUGUACUUUGCCACAUUCACUGUAUGUGCCCUCCAGUGGGGUAUCCAACAUUCAGUUAUGACCUUGAGACUGUCUUAAUGGGGAAUAAAAAACUACCCUUUAGUUAAA